AUGAGUAUAAGAUCGAGAAAAGCAACGCAUCAAGAAUACACUAGUCGCCGCCUGCAAGAUACAAUACAAGUUGAGGAGUCUCAGCAUCAACAACGACUGGAAACACAACCAAACUUGCAAAGCACUAAAAAACCCAAGAAGAAAGUUGCACCCCGAGGGCCGACCAUGUUAAGACAGAUGUGGACAACUGAUGCUAAUGCAACACGAAAAGUAAUAUCUGUCAACAGAAGGGGUCAACCAAUCGGUCUUAAUAAAGCAACAUUUGUUGAGUUCUUGGGCACAAUAGCAAGAAAUCCUAAGUUUACUCCUCUUCAUAUUAAGGAUUGGCGCAAUGUAACGGAAGAGAUGAAAGCUGAUAUGAUACAACAAGUAAAGGACAAAUAUGAUAUUCCCCCCGGGUCUGAACAUUGGAUCUUAAAGUCCAUAAGGAAGAAAAGGAGAUCUUGGAGGAAUACAGUAAAGACUUUGAAUUUUGAUGCCACACUACCAAUUGAGGAUCAGAUAAGCAGCAAACCUGAUCGAGUUACUGACGAACAAUGGAAGGACUUGCUAUCUUAUUGGGCUGAGAAGAAAACACAGGAAAUUUCUGAGAAAAUUAAAUCAAAUAGAGAACUUUUAGUCACACACCCAACUUCAGGGAAGCGUAGCUUUGCUGAAAAGGAGGAAGAAUUUAGACAAUUGGCGGGCCAUUUUCCUUCACGUGUAGAUUUGUACUAUGAUUGCUAUGGAAAUUCCAAAGGCCUUCCUCCAAACGAGACAGUUGCUGCACAAUUUGCUAAGUUCACAGCAGUUCGUGCAAAUUUGCCUGAUGAUUUUCUAGACCCGAUUGGUCGUGAUGACAUAUUCUCGCAAGUCAUGGGAAAAGAUCCGCCUGGAAGGUUUGGGGGUCUUGUACUUCUGAAAAGUUUGCAAGACAGUAGCAAAAUUGUGGCAAAAGGAGUUCUUCGAAGCCUUGAUCCAAAUGGAGUCGUUGGAGGACAACGUCUUGGAAAAUCUUGUUGUGAAGUAUUUGUUGAAAUGGUUAUGGAGUGGGACGAAGAGAUGGUUAGACCCUAUUUGGAUUUAACCCUUGUUACUUGGUAA